GUUGCUGCUUUGCCCGUCCCGACGAUCCUUCGGCUUGCCCGUUUAUUUACUGUUUAAAUCCCAGCCUCUGUCCGCUUACUCCAGCCAUCUCUCACUCCUCUUUCUUUCAUCGACUUUUCUGCUUACAUUGUCCAUCCAUCUUCAACCUCCCGGACAAUUGUUUUGAAACAUCAUAAACAAAUCACACCUUAACAGCCCUCCAUUUACUCAUCUGUCACCAUGGGUAAAGGCGGUCGCAUUUUCUGCAUCUUCACCCCAUAUGUCUUCACCAUCGCUUCCUUGAUAUGUAUUGUCAUAGUGGGGCUGGGCUGCACCAAAUCCAGCUCCAGUACCUUGAAUGAUCUGUACUUCUUCAGAGCCAACCUCCAAAAUAUCACGAACUCGACGUCGUCGACGACCGCGAAAAUCACUUCAGCGAUCAGCGAUCUCGCCGGUGUCUCGGAUGGCGACCUAUCGUCCGCAUUGGAGGAGAUCGAGAAGCAGUACAAUAUCCAGGACUUCUACACGAUCGGUCUGUGGGGUUACUGUUCAGGCAAUAUCACCAACGGCAACGACUACAAAACAACCAACUGCUCGAAGCCCGAAGCCGAGUUCUGGUUCAACCCCUUGGAAGUGUGGAACUUGGAGGAGACCGGUCUCGAGAAUGCUCUCUCCAGCAGCGUGAAGAAGGAGCUGAACGUCUACAAGAACGUCUCCAAAUGGAUGUUCAUCGCCUACGUGAUCGCAUUCAUCGCCACUAUCGUCGAACUGGUCGUCGGUGUCUUUGCCAUCUGCAGUCGCUGGGGUAGCUGCGUGACUACUCUAGUCUCGAUCGUCGCAUUCCUCUUCACUACAGCCGCCUCUGUGACGUCAACUGCGUUAUUCGCCGUUUUGAAGGGCGUCUUCAAGGCCGAACUGGAAUCCUAUGGCGUCAAGGGCCACAUGGGCAAGAACAUCUACGUCGCCACCUGGCUCGCUGUCGCUUUCUCGCUUGGUGCUUCUCUGUUCUGGCUCCUCAGCUCCUGCUGCUGCUCCGGUCGCUCGCCCUACAACCACCGCAACCAGGCACGCGCCGUCACCGCCGAAAAGGCCCCCUACACCUACGAGCCCCUCGGUCCCUACGGCCAGCCCCAGCAGCCCGUCUACGGCAACACCGCCUACCCGCCCCCUCCUCCUCCGGGCCACGUUCCCAUGCAGCAGAAUGGCCGCAGUAACGCGUACGAGCCUUUCCGUCACGUUUAAAAGGCGUACCGCAUCGCGUCAUUCCUUACUCGUUGAAUGGAAUCUGGGAAAAUGGCGUUUCGGUUGGAGAAAUCCGGAGAUAAUGACCCCCUACACCAAUCAUGAUGAAUUAUCAGCGUGACACCAUUUCGGCUGACGGCUAGCUGAGUGGAGCUCAUGUUGACUUGAUGACUUUAAUGCAAGCUGCACUUGGAUUUGGAUUUGAGGGUCGAUCAACUCUAGACUUUUUAUCUCCUUGCGUUCGUUCGAACUUGUACAUUGCUUCAUUUUCUUGAUACCUGCUGCUUUGCAGCGCUGUUUUAGUGUGCACAUAGAAGAGAAAUUUACCAUCUGAAUAUUUGCA